AUGGAGAUUUUCGAUUUCGACAGCCAAAACGAAACUCCGGCCGGCAAAUCGAGAACAGCCGCCGGCGUCCUUCAACCCCUCCGGAAGCUCUUCCUUCUCGUGGAGAUCUCCCUUCUCACAAUCUCCCUGGCGUGGGCCUCGACCCGACUUCCUUCCGCCGUCAGAAGCUCCGGCGAAAUUUUCCGGCAGAUCCUGACCUUCGCCGCCGGCCACCUCGCUGUCUUCAUCCUUGGAAACGCCAUCGUCAUCACCCUCCUCGUCAAGUCCCGCCGCCGUCCGGAUGACGAUGCGGACGAGGCCGGCCUCUUUCUCGACCUCGUCGGCGGCGGCGGCGGAGGGGGAACCCCUCCCACGGCGGCGCCGGUGGAGGUCGUGUACGAGGACAAGCGGACGAUCCUGGAGGUCAGGGGGGUCCACCGGAGAAGCAAGUCGGAGAAGUGCUCGGGGACGGAGGAGGGAGGCCGCGGGCGGCUGCUGCGGCGAUCGGAGACGGCGGAGAGGAGGCGGGGGGCGGCGGAGGUGGUGGAAGAGCUGAGCGGCGAGGAGUUCCGGAGGGCGAUAGAGGCGUUUAUCGCGAAGCAGGUGAAGUUUCAUCAGGAGGAGAAAGUGGCCAUCGUGCUUCAUGGUUGA